UUGACAGUGGUGAGGAAGGACGUAACCACUGCAGAGUUCGGAAAAAGAAGGUACUGUUUAUAAAUAAAAAAUAAUUGCCUUUUAUUUUCUAUUUGACACAAGAUACUCUCUGAAUUGAGGAUUUCAAAUAAAAUAUUUUACUAAAUUAACCUUUUUUCUUGAAAUUAAAUGAAAAUGUCAAACCAAACACCUCAGAGAGUUCGUAGGACUGGCUCUCCUAGUUCUUGUUCAAAAAAGCAAGGUCCUCUGAAAGCAACCGUGCCUAUGUCAUUGAUGGGACAAAGUAACAGUCCAACAAGGUCAUCAAAUAAAAGUACAAGUCCUUCACAUUCUCCAGUUUCUAAUAGAACGCGUGACGGUAGGAAGUUUAAGUCUAGACAGUCGCCAGAUUUUAGGAUAGGUUUAUCGGUCGAUCGACGCAGUCCGGGAUCGCCGGGUUACAAAGAAAAAUCCAAUACUCUGAACAUCAAAUCCAUCAGUGCUUCUCCCUACAUCCGGCGGACUGCCUCACUAGACACUAUCUACCUAGCUGGACAGUGGCCACGUGACUGCUAUUAUCACAGUUACUAUGUCCGGCAUAUGAUGGACAGAGCAACACAGACAGAUGAGUGGGAAGAAACUGACAGGAAGAAAGGAUCACAGAGAAAGUCUCCUGGGAGUGGUGGAGAUCAGUUAGAAAUGAAAUUCAUUCGCCAAAGACUUCAACGAACCAAUAAGAGCAGUUUUGGCCAGGGAAGCUAUAACUCACUCCAGAGGCUCAGUCCUUUCCAAGGGGACCAUUCUGCUAUAUCACUUUCAACCCUCACUGGCAGCAAUAAUGGUUCUGUCUGCCCCUCUUUGCCGUCCACAACAACGCUACCAUCUAGCACUUCACCUUAUCACCACUUACACAGCAAAACAGUGUACAGUGUGCCCAUGGGGCCAGUUGAUAGGUCUCACACGGGCCCUAUUCCAAUUCCCCACAUUCCAAAGGCCCCUCUUCCCCGCAUUCUUAGUAGUGUUGAAGGUUUAAAUCAGGUAAGUAAAGGAAGUAAAAGUGCCUCACCUGAUCCUGACUGUAUCUUCAAACUUGGUACAAGUCCUCACAUAAAUAAAUUCUUGGCCAGAGAACCUCCUGAUGGUUGUGAGAAAGUGAAAAUUGUAGAUGAGCGAAGGAAUACGACAAACAAUGUGGAACCUCUAGGGUAUGGACCCAUCAAGCCUUGUGAGAAAUUUGUGCUGUUACCAAGUCAAAGUUCAGCAUUCUACCCACUCUACAAGACUUGUGUUUCUCCAUCAGCCUCAGACAGUGCUCUGCAUCAGUUAACCUCAUCACAUACUUUAACUGAAGAAAAGCUGCAAUAACUUGAACAUGAGAUGCUGUUACAUUCUCUUCUCAUGACAGCUAUGUAAUCCAAUUAUGGUUAGUUGUCAUAAGACCUAUAUUACCGUGUUGUUUCGGAAUAGUCAAAAUUUGGAAUACUGGUAUCCUCUUCUACACCAAUUCUAUGAAAACACAUAGAAAAUGUGGAUGUGUAACAAUUUAUUUGGUAAUUCUUCAAGACUUGCCCACUAUUUACUUGUGUUAACACCUUAUUAAACUCAUCACUGUGAUGUCUGCUGGUUACCGUUUCUUCCAGAAACAGAAAAUUGCAGUUACAAUUUUGACAGUCCACAGUUUUUAGAGAAUAGUGUUAUAGUUAAAAAAAAAUGUUGUUAUGACUGAAGUAUCCAUGAACAUUUUAUCUUAAGAAAAUAUUAGUGUAAAACAGUACACUUUUAUUUUGUACACAUGUUGUUAAUUAGAUGUAUUGGAACAAGGUUAAGCAAUGGAUCUAGUUUAUACGAGUUUGAGAUGUCUUAAAGUGAAUUCAAUUUUAAAAGCAUUUUGGACCUGUUUAAGAUUUUGAAGUGAUGACACUAUUGGAGGUUGUACCUGAAGAAAACAAGCAAGCAUGCAGACAUUUGAGAACAUUUUACAGUGUUUCUUGGAAGCUGAGUUCGUACAUGUUAAGGGACAACAGAGUAAGCUAAGAAAAAUAUAUCUUAAAUUUGAAGACAUAAAGUCAUAAAAAGAGUAGAAAUUUGGAUGGACAUUUUGAUACAAAGUAUAAAUAAUUCUAAAAGAGUACUUGGUAUAGAUUCAGUAUACUGUGUGUUGUGUUUUGUCAUUUUUACCUAGAUCUGUAUAUGUGACUACCACCAAUUUUAUAUGAUGUUUCUCUUUACCCUGUGUAUUAUAUAGGGUUAUAAUGAGUAUUCCUGCAGAGAAAAGUAAUCUGUAAUACUCAGCAUAAAAAAAUAUAAUAAUAAUAUAUAUAUAUAUAUAUAGAUAUAUAUGCUGUAAAACAUAUCUCUAAAUAGAAAAACUGUGCAAUUGUGUCUCCAACUACAUGUACAAUAUGUUAUAUCAAAAGUUACUUUAGGUUCAAAUAGCGUACUUCCUAGUAGUCACCACUUACAUGCAUCAUUUAUUGGUUUAGAGUUCAUUUCUUUCUUGGCUCUUAAAAUAGUUCUGGGUCUGUUGUUAUUAUUUUGUGCUUGCUAGCACCCAAAUUUUCAUCGGGUGGCUGAUGGCAUUCAGUUUAAAAAUUUGUUUAUCCUAAAGAUUUCUGUAGCAGCACAUCUUAAACUUAAGAGCAAUUUACUCUUAUAGGAAAACUGUUGAUUAAAUAAAAAAUAUUAUAUUUAUGUUCUUCAGAACAUGACUAACCUCAGAAAAAUUUUUUGUUUUGUGUGAUAGAACAUCGGACAAAAAAAAAAAAAGAUAGUGUUUGUUGUGGACAAUUUUUCAGUUAAUAUUAUUAUGAGCUCUGAAAGAGUGCAGACGACAAUAUAUGGAUCAACUGAAUUAUAUAAUGUGAUAAUUUAUUUUAUGGUGGAACAAUCAUAUUUUGAUAAGCACAUUUAUAAACAUUAGUAGGUAUACUGAUGGGUUCUAAUUAUUCAAGCGGUGUUGCUAAUUUAUAUCUUUAUUAUUACAAAAAUAAAUUUAUAAAUAAUUUUCCAAAUCCAGAAUUAUUUUCCUUGACAUAUAGUUAUACUGACGAUUUAAUUAGUAUUAAUAAUACAGUAAUAAGUAAUUAUAUUUGUAAUAUUUAUUCUACAGUUCUACAGAUUGAGAAUGCUUCUAUAUCAGAUACUGAAGUACAUUAUUUAGAUUUAGACAUUAAGUUAAUUAAUAAUUAUAGUAAUAUUAAUAUUUAUGAUAAAAAUUGAUUUCACAUUUCAAGUUUUUGGACUUCCCUCUCCAAACAGCAGUGUACCAACAAAUGAAAUACAGAGUAUUAUACGUUCACAGUUUUUUAGAUAUUGUAAAAUUUGUAGCAGUGUACAGUUCUUAAUAUUAGUAUAUUAAUACAUAA